CUUUCUGCUAGAGUAUUAUUAUGUUGGGUACUACUCCGUAGAUUCAAAUGGAAAGCCCACAAACCCAAAACCACCGAGCGCCGGCCUCCCAGAAACCCCAGACCCUCUCCGCCUCGCCAGCCGCCGGCAAUGGAGAAGGAGACUGCGACGGCUGCGGCGGAACCCGCUCCCCAUGUAACCAGCGAUCUCAUCAGCGGUCUUCCCGAUGAUAUUCUCGGCGCCAUCAUCUCCAUCCUCCCCACCAAGGACGGCGGCCGCACACAGGCCCUCUCCCGCCGAUGGCGCCACCUCUGGCGCUCGGCGCCGCUCAACCUCACGGUCUGCUCCCAAAGCUUCAUCUUCCCCAACUUCAUCCUUCCCUCCGCUGUCUCCAAGAUAAUCGCUGAGCACCCUGGUCCCGCCCGCAGAUUCUUUUUCCUCGGAUUCAGCGACCUCUACUCCGAGCUGGAGAGUUGGUUCCACUCCCGAGCCCUCGCCAACCUCCAGGAGCUUACUGUCCAAUGCUUCAAGCCACCUGCGUCCAGCCACCUGCUGCUACCAUCCCUGCUCCGCUCCGCGUCCACUCUCCUUUUUGUCACGAUCAGCCAUAUCAAUUUCCCCGAUCAGAUCGCACCAUGUAUGCGUUUCCCUCUCCUCAAGCAGCUCUCCUUGCUUAGCCUUUCCAUCUCCGGGGGCGUCUUCCAUGACUUACUCUCUCGCUGCCAUGCCUUGGAGAGCUUAUUCGUGUCGGAAGUUCGUGCUGAGGGUUGCCUCCGUGUUAGUUCCGCGACUCUUCGUAGCAUUGGCUUAGAGGGCAACCAUUUUCGGAAAAUGGAAUUGGUCAUUGAGGACGCUCCUCGCCUUAAAAGGCUAUUAUUGCCUCGCGGAAAUGGUUGUCGGACUAUCCGGAUAAUGAGGGCACCUAAACUAGAGAUAUUAGGCCCCUUCUCACGUGAUUUCUCCAAAAUUCAGGUUUUCAAGGGACUGAGCCCAGUUAGCAUGACGAACUCGAUGUGCACUGUAAAGGUUUUGGCCGUCGGUUCUUGUAGUUCUCAAUUGAAUGCAGUUCUUAGCGUCCUCAGGUUCUUCCCCUGUUUGGAAAAACUCUAUGUCACUUUAUGCUCUCGCUAUGAGAUGGAUAAGAAAUGUGAGCCUCAGUAUGACCCACUACAUCCAAUUGAAUGCCUUCAGACCCAUCUCAAAGAAGUGGUGUUGCGACAUUACUCUGGCCAUGAGAAGCAGGUUGACUUUGCCAGGUUCUUUGUUUUGAAUGCAAAAGUGCUCAGCAAAAUAGAAUUUCAAGCAUAUGGCGACUACAGCAAUGAACCGGUAGCUUAUCAACACAGACUACUGCAAGUGGAAAACAGUGUUUCUCGAGAUGUUCAAUUUGAAAUCAGGAGUAAUUGUCGUUGGCAUGAUUGCCAUCUCAAAGAGCACAUCCACAAUUUGUCAGUGUGGGACCCCUUCAAAUUGAUGCCUGGACGUUGCGCUAUUAUAUGUAGACCGUGUGCUUGUACCUGAAUAUUGCAUUGUAUUAAGCAUGGAUAAUGAGUUGAACAACUAGUCUAGAUGAGUUGCGCGACUAGUCUAUGAGUAGUAACUUGACUGUCGACUAGGUCGGUCAACUCGAUUAGUUCCUUGAGUCGAUGAGUCGAAGUACUAGUCUAGACUAGUCCUGCUGAUUGAGUCGAUCGACUCAAGUGAGGUGGCUGGGAAGAAUUUACCUGGACGAGAUAACUUGUGUUAAACUUAUGUGAGUUUUAGUUAUUGAAUCUCUUAUUUGGUUGUCA